AUUACUCACGUUUCAAGCAUUUACUGGGAAAGCCAAUCCCUUGACAUAUAAUCGCAGUCUCAAAAAAUUCCUAAUGGAAUGCGCACGAAUGUAGGAUACGGUAGAUGAAUCUACAUUUACGUUAACUAAUACCCUCUGUCGCGUGUAUAGCGGAACACUUAAAGUUUUCUUUUUUUUUCUCAGGAUUUCUCUCAGGAAUGCGUUUCUCGUUUCCACAUCUCGGCAGAACAGUUUAAAAUUUAUUACACCUGGAGUCAGACCAUUGCCAAGAGUUUCAAAAGAACAGACGCUUGCGACAAUAGUAUCAAUUUUCAUUUCGAUUUUCUUCGAUUAUUCUAAUUGAAGAUAUUAUUCUAAUUAUUCGAAUGUUAAUCUCAAACCGAAAAGAAUCCCUUUCCACGAAAUAGGUCCGCUUGAAAGUUUCGAGAAAUGAGGAAAAUCGUGCUACUGCUAUGCAUCUGUCUGGCACAAGGGGGACAAAGCAAAAAGCAAACACGCGACCAGCAAGCUGCGGGUUAUGAGUACGAGUACGCCCGACACGAGCCAGCGUUGGGUCUAGCCGAUUCGCUAGCCUACGGAAACCCCGGUCCAGCCUUGGCUGCGGGUCCAAUAGGCCAUGGUCGGGAGCUUCCUCGGCCAGGCUUCAGCGUCGGUGGGCCUUUGGCCAGUAUCGCGAAGGGGGCAGCGGACGAAGCCCAUACCCAGCUGAGCAACCAGCAGACCGCCGCUGGACAGGCUGCCUACGUCGCCAAGAACACGUUGGCUCAGGCAGCGUCUCAAUCGGCCGCCACAGCAGCCGCAGCUCUUGCUGGCAAGCAGAUAGUCGUCCAGGGAUUGGAGCAACAGUCUAGAGAUGCUCACGUCGCGGUAGACGGCGAAAAUCUUCAGCUACAGCAGGCUGAACGAGCGGCGAGCGCAGCCCGGACCACUGCCAAGCAAGCUAUGCACCAAUUGCAAGUGAUCACUGCAGCUCUGAACGCAGCUCAAACGACGGUGGACCGGGCGUCGCAGGCUGCAGCGGAGGCCGCAGCCGAAUUGGCGGCGCAGACCACCAUGCUUGGUCAGGCAAAGGCAAGAGCCGAAUCGGUGGACGAACAACUGACCUCUGCCCGUUUGGACUACGAGACGACCCAAUCCGCUGCUCAAAAAGCUGCCAACGCAGCUGCGGCUGCUCAGAAUAACGCCGCUGCUGCCGCUGCGCAGGUAGCGGACACCGCGGGCGCCUCGGCUCUGCUCAGCCAUGCACCGGUGGAAGUUCAGCAAUCUGUGAAGCUCCCCGAGGACAGUCCCCUUAGACAAUUGCCAGCCACCGCGCACAACGAGCCUAGCGGUCUGCUUUCAGCUGCCGCGCUUUCCGAGGCUGGCGGUCUCCGCGACUCCGGUGGUUACCUUGCGACUAGCGCGCUCAACGAUCACAGCGGUCUUCUCGCAGCUGGCGCGCUUUCCGAAGCUGCUGGCCUGCGCGGAUCCCACGGGCUUCGCGAACAAGCUCUUCUGGGACCCGGGGGCCAUCACGAAGUCGCCGCCUACCGCGGACCCACCGGUCCCAGUGGCCUUAGUCGCUCGGAAUUGCUCAGCUUGGCGAACGCUUUGCCUGUUGAUAACUACGACCUCAAAGGCUAUCGCUACUAGGUUCCUUUAAACUGAACAGUGGAAUCUAGUUCUCGCCCUUUCUUUAUUAAAAAUUGAACGGGCUAUGUCCGCGUCACAGAUUAUAAAAUAAAACACUGGUAAAAUCUUCAAAUUUCGCUUCUAUCCAUUCUUGGACGUUUGCUCUUUUUAUCUACACAAACACAUUUGUAAAAUAAAUGAGUAUUAUCAUCGGAUAUGUAUAGUUUGUCGUAGAGUGUAUAAGUAUCUAUAUGAAGAUAAUGUUGUAGCUUUAUUUAACGAUGCAAGUGUGAAUAAAAUUAAUAAAAAAAUAAAUUAAGAUGUAUUGUAGAUGUAUUCUGCC